UCUAAAAAUCAAUGUAUACAGUUUUUAAUACUAUGUGAAAUUGUUUUUUUUUUUUUUUACUUUUUCUACUUUUGCAUGGUUUGAUCAGCAAUGGGAUGCUUCAAAUUCAAAUGUUAUGGCUUCUGAUUCUCCUACCCAGUUUAGCAUACUUGAUGAACCUGGGCCUUUGGGUCUAAAACUGAGGAAAAGCCCUUCACUAGUGGAGUUGAUAAGUAUGAAGCUUUCUCAAGGGAGUAGUACUAUGGUUGUUGCAAAUGUAAAGGAUGAAAACUUGAAUUCUGGAGUGAAAAAGGAGAAACAGGGUGCUGCUGCUUCUUCAUCAAGGUCUGUUGUAAAGCAUAAGGCUUCAAAUUUCCCAGCUUCACUUUUAAGAAUCGGAUCAUGGGAGUAUAAAUCAAGAUUUGAGGGAGACUUAGUGGCCAAGUGUUACUAUGCCAAAAAUAAGCUUGUUUGGGAAGUUCUUGAAGGUGAACUGAAGAGCAAAAUUGAAAUCCAGUGGUCAGAUAUCAUGGCACUUAAGGCAGAUUUUCCUGUUAAUGGACCUAGCUCAUUGACUGUAGUGCUUGCUAGACCGCCUAUUUUCUUCAUGGAGACUAAUCCUCAGCCUAAAAAGCAUACAGUCUGGCAAGCAACUUCAGAUUUUACUUAUGGACAGGCCAGCGAUUAUAGGCAGCAUUUUUUGCAAUGUCCCCAAGGAGUGCUAAACAGGCAUUUUGAAAAGCUUAUCCAGUGUGACGCCCGUCUUAACUUCUUAAGCCGACAGCCAGAGAUAACUUUGGAUUCACCUCAUUUUCAUUUUUAUGGACGACCUUCUGCUUAUAAGAACCCUGGCAAUCUGAAAGAUCAUGAUUUGAACCAAGUCAAUGGUAAAGGAUCUGCCUCAUCUCGUUUUCAGGACAUAGGAUCAUCUCAUUCACUUCUGUCUCCAUCAUUUAAAAUCGAGCAAAAUAGUCCUCCUGGCAUUUCCUUGGAUAGUCUGCCCUGUGAGGCAUCUUCCCACAGUUCAGGCAUGGAUCGUCUUGCAACUGAAGGGAAUUCAAGCUCUGAAACUGAUUCCAAGGGCCCAAGAAAUUUGGAUCAGAUGCAAAUGCCCGGGCUCCGUCAUUCUAUGUCAGUGAGCGAUUUUAUCGGCCACAUUGAACAUUGCCUUUCUGAAGAAAUGAUCUCCGGGAAUCCAUCCUUUUCUGACAGAAUAUCAGAGUACCAGGAAAUGCUAGAUGACAUUUCACAGCAUCUACUUAAUGACAAUCAAGCUACAGAAGCUUCUUCUGAUGAAAAAUCACUCAUGACAAGGGUCAAUUCUCUUCGCAGUCUUCUGCAGAAAGAUCCUGCGGCAGUGCAGAAUCCUCAUGGCAAGGCAAGUGCUGUUGAAGGACCUGAAGAUGGAGGAAAUAUUCAAGGUGGCAGCCAUGACCAUGAGUCAAUGCAGGACAAUAGAAUUGAAAUAGAUGUCAAGGCUGCUGAUGAGGACUUGAGAGAUGUUUCUGGUGGCAAGCAGGCUCCCGGCAUGACCAGGAAAGACUCCUUUGCAGAGCUGCUUUUUAAUCUCCCUCGAAUCGCAUCUCUUCCAAAAUUCUUGUACAACAUAUCAGAAGAGGAUAGGUGAUGUUGGAGUCAGAUAGUUAGUCUCAUCUCAUGUUUAGAAUUUCAA